UUCGAAAAAUUCCACUGAGCGCCACAACACAACGUUUCAAAAUCCAGAUGUGAGAACUGAGCAAAGUCAGUUGCGUAAAGAACACAAAAAUGGAGAAGAGACUCCGCUCGUCGCUCCAGACCUCCGCCGAAGAAUUCCUCUCGUCGGCGGCGAAACUGGGGUUCAAAUCGGCGAAGCCCUCUCUCAAAACCCUAAUUCACAGCCUCAAACCCUCCUCCUCCUCUCUCUCCUCUUCCCUCCCUCUCUCUCUCCACCAACUCAUCUCCCAGUCCAUCACCCGCUUCAAACAACUCUCCCAACCCCCUGCCCCCGUGGACCCGGCCAAGUCUCCCAAAUCCCCGCCCGCGAAGCGCCCCCGACGCUCUUCCCGCCACGCGUCCAAGAACAACAUCGACGAUUCAGGCACAAAAGAUGAAGAGUCUAAAGUGGUCAAUGAAAGAGAAAAUGUGAUUCAGAAGCUUCAGAUUUAUACUUAUGUGGCGCUUCUAUGCAUUUCGCAUCCGAAAAAGGUGUUUUCACCCUCCGAUUUGUUACUGGCUGUUCGCGAGUUGCACGACAAUCUGGUCCUGUUCGAGUCGGAUCCGGUUUUACUCUCGGAGGUCUCGAGUCUGUGCGAUUUGUGGUGGAAAUCGGAGUUUCCCGGCCGAGAAACCCUAAUUUCACAGUCGUUGCCAGUUUUGCUGUCGAGGUCUUUGACAUUGAAGAAGAAAGUGGAUGUGCAUAGAGUUUAUGCAAUUCGCGAAGCGUUCAUGUUGUUUGAUUUUGAUGAUGAGAGCAUUGAGGACUUGAAGCUAUUGCUGAUAAGGUGUGCGAUCACUCCCUUGUACUUAAAGACAGAGGAUGGGAGGAAGUUCAUAGCAUAUAUGUUUGGGUUAAGUGGGCAGUUGUUGAAGGAGGCACUGGCUAUGAUUAAAUCACAGAUUCCGUUUGGGAGGAAGUCGAUGCUGGAGGCGUACGGUGAGAUUUUGUUCAGGGGUUGGAAGCUUGUUGAGGGGAACUUGAGGGAUGAGAUUGAGAAUGGGUUUCUGCAGGGGUUGAUUGAGGGGGCAAUACAUGCUAGUUCGGAUUCGUUGGCUGCGUCGAUAAGAAGGGUUUUGGGAGGGUUUAUUGCCCAAAGAACGGUUGAUGGUGUUGAGAAGCUUUUGUUUUGCCUUGCUGAGCCUGUGAUAUUCCGGUCACUUCAGGUUGCCAACUCAAAUGUUCGUCAAAAUGCGUUGCAUCUACUUCUAGACCUGUUCCCUCUUGAAGAUCCUGAUUCUACAAAGGAGGUCAAAGAUACGCUGCUGGAUAAACAAUUCUUUUUGUUGGAGAGAUUACUGAUGGAUGACUGUCCAGAUGUGAGGGUUGUAGCAGUAGAAGGUUCCUCUCGCAUUCUUCAUCUGUUUUGGGAAAUCAUUCCUACGUCUACCAUCACAAAGAUAAUCACCAAAAUAUUUGACGACAUGACUCAUGAUCCAUGCAAUGAGGUCAGGCUUGCCACGUUGAAUGGCAUUGUAUAUUUGCUUGGCAAUCCUCAAUCUCAUGAGAUUCUUAAAGUUCUUCUACCAAGAUUGGGGCAUCUGAUUCUCGAUUCUUCCUUUGCCAAUCGCUCUGCUCUUGUAGAUCUCCUUCUUCUUUUAAGGGACAUUAGGAGUUUCCAAUUUCAUAAGGUUGUGCGCCUGGAUUUAUUACUGUCAACACUUGCAAGUGAUCAACCGCCGAUUGGUCAAAAAAUCACUAAACUUCUGAUGCCAUCAUACUUCCCCUCAAAAGUAACUGUGGAGGAAGCAUGUAAUCGGUGUGUCACAUUAAUUAAACGGUCUCCCAUAGCUGGGGCAAGGUUUUGUGAAUUUUCUCUAUCAGAAGGGGCAUCUUUGCAUUCUCUCAUGGAGCUAGUCAAAGUUUGCAUCAGUUUGGUUUUGUCUCGUAACAAACUUGAUGGGGAUCAGAUUGAUGGCUUACUAGUCGCCAUUGCCAACCUUUGCAAAAGCUUAGUGAGUGAGGUAUCAUAUCAGGCUACCAUUAAGGAGUUGUUGUCCAUUGAAAAGCUGAGAUGCUUGUUUGGUGCUGCAGCUACUCAGCGUGCUCAGUCCUCUGUUUGUGAGAUCAUUUCCUUCGUCUCUCCAGAUGAUAUUGGUGUGCUUUUUGAUGAUUGCAUGGCUUUGGUCACAAGUUGUUGUGGUUUAUCCAGAAACAUGGAAAGGCAAGUUGAAGUGAGGUCCAUCCACAAGAUGAUGCUGUCUUGUAAUUGGUUUGAUGAGAUAUUUGAAACUCUGGCAAGGAUUUUGCAAAACACUGCCCAUGGAUGCCAUACCAAAUUUGGCACAGAAAUACCAAGUCACACUGAUCCCUUUGCCAAGCGAAGGAAAAUUAAGUCUACGAAGGGGAAACAUGUCAGUGGGAAAAAGUCUUCCACCACGUCUACAUCUUCAUUUGAAGAGGAGUAUUCCGUUGCUUUAGGAAUAGCCUGGCAGAUAAAGGACUUGCUUGUAGAUGAAAACAGUCGAAUUGCUAUGUUGAAGUCUCAAAUUUUGGAAAUCGCAUUCUUUGCUUUAAAGGUCAUUUCUGAAGUCAGCAUUGUACAGUGCAGGCAUUGCGAUUAUAUGGACACAUCUCCAAUCUUGGCAUAUACAUCUCUUACUCUCCACAUGUCUCUUCAAAAUGUCAGCAUAAAUGGAGUAAACAAUCAUGGAACCAAGAAAAAAGAUUCUACUGAUUCUGCAAGAUCAUCGUUGGAGCCAACUUUGCUGGAACAGACCAUGGAUCAUCUAUUCAACUGUACAAAGAAGUUAUUUGAAGCUGGUGACACAGGAAACUCCAGCGAAUUGCCGUCAGAAGCAAAGCAGGAGAGGAGGAAGAAGACAAGCUAUCAUGGCCAGCAAGAGAAAGAUUCAGAAAUCAGAACCUCAAGCCCAAGUGAUGGAGAAUCCAUUUUAAGCGAACAGAAAAGGAUGUUCAGUACAGUGAAGAUCCUGACUGCAGUUCUCAAGUACAUUGUCGAUGCAACUGCAAUGGGUCUUAUUUCCUUCAGUCAAGUCAAGUGCUUGAAAUUCUCACUGGAUUAUGUGGAGUUCAUUAUGUCUAAUUUAAAGCAACAAUCCAGUGACAAGGUGCAGUUUAAGGAGGAAGAUUUUAAAGAUGCAUUCCUCUGUUGGAAAAGCUCCUUCACCUAUUUCGCCAAAUUGCUCAAUUUAGUCCUUGUAAGCUCCAAUGGAGAUUCACUCCCUCCCCCAGAAGCUCAUAACCUCGCCAAUGGUCUUCUCGAUCUAAUAGUUUCAAUUGAAUCGUUUUUGGGCUCUGGUUAUGCAACACGUGUUGUUGCUGCAAUGAAGCCGUGGCUACCUGACUUGAUUUUGGCAUUGGGGUCAGCACACAUACAGAAGCAAACUGUAGAAGACAGAGAAUCUGAAUUGUCCUGUUAUCCAUUAUGGCUCACAAUGUUAGCAAAAAUUGAAUUCCGUGAAAUAAGUGAAGUUGCGGAUGAGGAAAGUGAGAAAGUUUCUGAACAGUUGGAGUUUCCUGCGUUCAAGAAACUUACAGAAAUGGUAAUUCUACUUUUAAGAGGAAAUGCAAACGUAUUGGAGGCAGUUGGGGUGGUUUUCUUGAGUGGUAUAGCAGGUGGGCUGGAAAGGAAGGAUUUUGAAAUGGUGUUAGGACUCGCACACUUCGUCUAUGCGAAAUUGGUUAAGCAGGAACGCGGAGAGUGGGAAGAUCUGAAAUUGAUGUCGGCUUUUGUGCACGGCAUUUACCCGCAAUUAGAGAGAGAAGCUGAGGUGAUCAGCAAUGAGGAUGAAAGGAAGAUGUUGAAGAGUGCAAUGGUUUUGCUUGAACCUGUUCAGAGAAGUAACAUGGACGGUUUUUGGAAGGAUCAAAUGGAGGAAGAAUAGAUACUGUUGUUGCUAAAAUUUGCAAGUUAAGUAGUCAACGGAGGAAAUGUGCAAGGGAAUGGACAAUCUCUAACUGUUAGUAAGAUGUUGAAUGGAAAUGUGCAGUUUGUUUUGAAAGUUCACCACAAACUGCUUUUACCAUACCAUAUUUCCUUGCACUAUUACGUGCUUCGCAAUCAUUAUAUAUUUAGGCUUUGGGUAAGUUGGAAGAAGUAAUUCCUUUUGCGUGGUUCAUUAA